UGGCCUGAUUGUGAUUGGGGAUACACCAUACAAUCCAAGAGCUCUGUUUCAAAUUCUCUGUGAAUUUUCGUUUCGUGAUUGCCACUCGGGCGCGUCAAUGGUGGCGUAGAUUUUUGUAGAGUUCAGCAAUUUGUUUUCAAUUCGAUUUCUGGUAAUUUAGAACCGACUGUUUCUCAGAUAUGGCUGCUCCGUUCUUCUCGACGCCGUUUCAACCUUAUGUUUACCAGAGCCCACAAGAUGCAAUGAUACCUUUUCAAAUUUUGGGUGGUGAAGCCCAAGUAGUACAGAUAAUGCUGAAGCCGCAGGAGAAGGUUAUUGCAAGGCCCGGCUCUAUGUGCUUCAUGUCUGGGUCUAUUGAGAUGGAAAAUGUUUAUCUCCCUGAAAAUGAAGUGGGUGUUUGGCAUUGGCUAUUUGGCAAGAGUGUCAGUAGCAUUGUACUUCGUAAUUCUGGUACAAGUGAUGGAUACGUUGGGAUUGCUGCACCUUCUCUUGCUAGGAUUCUUCCGAUUGAUAUGGCAAUGUUUGGUGGACAGCUUCUAUGCCAGCCAGAUGCAUUCCUUUGCUCUGUUAAUGAUGUGAAGGUUAACAACACAGUUGAUCCCAGAGUACGCAAUGUGAUAACAGGUGUGGAGGGGUUUCUUAGACAGAAGUUAUCAGGCCAAGGACUUGCCUUUAUUCUUGGGGGUGGAUCGGUUGUACAGAAAAAUCUGGAGGUGGGUGAAGUACUAUCCGUGGAUAUCUCCUGCAUCGUGGCUUUGACCACCACUAUUGAUGUCCAAAUCAAAUACAAUGGUCCUGUUAGAAGAGCAGUAUUUGGAGGUGACAAUUUAGUGACAGCCACAUUAACAGGACCAGGCAUGGUCUUCAUCCAGAGUUUGCCGUUUCAACGACUUUCUCAGCGUAUUGCAAGGGCCGUUACAUCCCCAAACAUGAGGGAAAACCCAAAGUUUUUCGUUCAACUUGCACUUUUCUUUUUUCUGGCUUAUGUUGUGAUUGUAUCUUCAAUAAUCUUGACAGAUGUAUGAUUUUUAGAUCUUAGAUCUCCCAGGGAGAUUAGCUAGGCCGAAAUUGGGAUAACUAAUAUAAACUUUUAGUUCUGAUUUGGAUAACUUUUUCUUUAUUGUUAAAUAUUGGAUUUUAUUUUAUUUA